AUGGCUGCGGGCUUUGUGAAGUGUGAGAAGCAGAUAGCCGAGUGCAAUAAAAAUGGUCCCGGGAAAUCUCCUGUCUCAGCGUUAUGCAAUCAAGCUGUAACCACCUGCGAUGAAGUCGUUCUCGAACCAGUUGCGAAGGCGAAGAUAAGCGU